AAAUCCCAUUUUAUGACCAAUUUACAAACUACAGACAUUUGGCCAGUGCCAACGACGUGCAGACGCCGUUUGCUGCUAAUUGCCAUAUGAAGCAGCAAUACCCACUAACUAGUCCCCAAAUUCAGCGAAACGCUUACUCCAAAACACUUUUUUUCGGAAUUAGGAUUCCUUCUACGUGAAUACCUCUCGACAACUUCAACUGCCCAUAUCCUCACUUUUAAGCAAUCAGAGUGUUGUUUCAAUGGCUACCGACGCCAGUUCAGAUCGGAAUGCGACAGCCAAACCUGUGCUGCUACCGGAGAUUGGGUCCGAUGGUAUUGCUAGAGAAUCACCGGUCAUUGCUUACACCGAGAAGAUAAUUGAGGCAGAGCAGCUUCAAUUAAGAAAAUAUAUAGAUGAAAAUUACUCCAAGAUUCGUGAUGUUGAGAAGGAACUGGCAAACCUGUCAAUGGAGAUGAAACUUACAGCUGGGCCUAAGAAAGCAGCACUUGAACACAUGAGAAAGAAAAUAGAAAUGUCAACAGAGAAAGUCCGUAUUGCUAAGCAGAAGGAAGAACAAGCACGAAAGGCAUGGGAAGCAGCAUUAAAAGCUGUUAAGGAUGAGGAGGAUUUCAAGCAAAAGCUUUGUGAGGACUUGAAUAAUCUGGUUCGUGAAAGUAGUAACACUCAGCUAGCUAGAUUGGAGGAACUGAAAAGGAAGCUGGAAGCUUUAAAUCCGAGCAGAGCAUCCACAUCCUCUGCCUUGGAUCUGAAUUCUGUGGGACCUGCACCGAGCAGUAUGAAUCGAGAUGUUCCCUCAGUUCAAGGUUCACAAGAAUCAUUAAAUGGAUCAUCUGAAACUACAUUGAAAGAAGGAAACACUGGAAAUGCUGCAGCAGAAAAUGGACAAAACCAACAACGUGAAGCAAGAGGAAAGAAGAAAAUUAAUGCCCAAGGAAGAGGGAAGGGAAUUGGCAUAAUACCUAAAAGUAGAGGUGCAGCACCACCUGGUUGGACGGGGUCUGGGUUUGAUGUGGAUGGUAGAAGUUGAUGACAGUUCAGUUUCGAUUUAAAAGGAGUUGAAUUCAAGCUUGGGUAAAUAAAUUUCUACGAAGUCGAUUUAGUUUUAGUGCAUGCAUGAGGCCAGUUAUAUCGAGCUCAUCUAUGAACUUGUCCUUGAGUUUGUCUAAGCUCCAGUCCAAAAUUUACACGAGUUCUACAUGUUCAAUCUGAGAUUACCAUGUUGAUUAAAUAGAGAAGCAAGUUCCAAAUGCUUCAAGAACUCCCCUCUGCCACCUUUUUCUUGUAGGCAUUCUUAUAUGUUUGUAAAUAUUUGUGAAAAAAUGUAUAAAUAUAUUAAAUGGAACCCGUAAUAUUAUAAGCAGCUCCGGGUGCCACUGAUUCAUGUAGUCUGUUAAGGACUUAAGGCUCUUCAUUUCUUUAUGUUCUGAAUUCAAUUCCCAGUGCAGGCAUUCAAGUAAUUAACUGAUUUUAUCACCUACUCCUAGGCCCUCACCUCACUUUCCUCUUUUUGUUCUUUUAAUUCUCCAUUAUUGUUGCUUAAAAAGCUUCUCCAAUUUCUCCUACUUCAUCAUUGUGAGAAAUAUAAGGGAAGCAUAUUAUUAAAUUGUUGUUGUUUACAUUAUUACAUUG